UGCAGCACGGCCUUUGGAUAAACUGACAUGUAGGCGUUUGGACAUAUGAAAAUGCUACUUGGGUUUUAGCAUUCUUUUAUUUAUGUUUGUUUUGUUUCCGAAUUCAUUUGUAUAUUAAGGGAAUGCCAACUCUGGUUCAGCAUGCAGCACGGUGCAAAUCAAGAAAGGCAAUAGUCUUUCAACCGAGGCCUUAAAUUUGAGACUGAGACCCCUCUGAAGAUCGAGCCACAGAAUACCUGAAGCUUCCUUUGCAGCAACACUGAGAGCAACUCACAGCUCCUUGGGAGGAUUAUGCCAUUAUAGCUGACAACUUGAGCUUUCUCAGAGUACGCCGGCUACAAGGCAAAGUUAGUCCUGCUCCACUUACACCCAGCAGGAACCAUGGAUGACCCUUAUCACAACAAUGUGAACCAGCAGGUGACAGAGGGUGGAGAGUACACCUACACCCAGGAUGGAGGAGGUCAGGACGGUUACCCUUACCAGACAGACUACCCUCCACAGGAAGAGGAUGCUGCUAGCGAUGACACCGAGGGUGCGGAUGAUGAUGAGCAGAUGUAUGAGGGGGAAUACCAAGGCAUCCCCCACCCCGACGAGAUCAAGGAGGCACGGCGGGCAGCUCGGCUGGAGGCCAGGAGGAAAGCCCGUCUGGCUGGCCAGCAGCAGGAAGAGGAGGAGGAAAACCUGCCAGAUCAGUACGAGGCCAUUAUGGAGGACUGUGGCCACGGACGAUUCCAGUGGAUGCUGUUCUUCGUGCUGGGCCUGGCACUAAUGGCUGACGGUGUGGACGGCUUUGUGGUGGGCUUCGUCCUGCCCAGUGCUGAGAAGGACAUGUGCAUAUCCAACUCCGACAAAGGAUUGCUGGGUCUGCUGGUGUAUGUAGCCAUGAUGGUGGGGGCGUUGGUGUGGGGGGGUCUGUCUGAUAAGAUGGGGAGGAGGAAGUGUCUGAUCUAUGUCCUCUCCAUCGACCUGGUCUUCUCCUUCCUGUCCUGCUUCGCUCAGAGCUACGGCUUCUUCCUCUUCUUCAGGUUCUGCUCCGGCUUUGGAAUUGGCGGCUCCAUCCCGAUAGUGUACACCUACUUCACAGAGUUCCUUCAGAUGGAUAAGCGUGGAGAACAUCUGAGCUGGCUUUGCAUGUUCUGGAUGAUGGGAGGCCUGUACGCCUCCUUCACCGCCUGGGGGAUCAUCCCUCACUAUGGCUGGGGCUUUGCCAUCGGUUCUGAGAUCCAGAUGCACAGUUGGAGAUUGUUUAUUCUCGUGUGUCUCUUCCCUGCGCUGGCUGCCCUUGUCGGAAUCAUCUUCAUGCCGGAGAGCCCUCGUUUCCUGCUGGAGAAUGCCCGACAUGAUGAGGCAUGGAUGAUCCUGCGCCAAGUUCACGACACCAACUGGAAGGCCAAGGGGGAGCCAGAGAGGGUCUUCACUGUGACCAACAUUAAGACUCCACAAACUCAGGAAGACGAAUUCAUAGAGAUCCAGAGUGACACUGGAACUGCCUUCCAGCGCUGGACCGUCAGACACAUGACCAUGCUGCAACAGGUUAUGGCUAACAUAAUGUCACUAUCAGCUCCAGAGCUCAGACUGCAAGGCCUCUUCCUGGUUAUUGUCUGGUUCUGCUUGGCAUUCAGUUACCACGGGCUGGGAGUGUGGUUCCCUGAUAUGAUCAAGUACAUGCAGUAUGAGGAGUACGAGUCCAAGGUCCGAGUGUUCCACCGAGAACGGGUCGAGCGGUUCCACUUCAACUUCUCUCUGGUUAACCAGAUCCACCGCGAGGGAGAGUACAUCCAUGACAAGUUUGCAAACAUUGAGAUCAAGUCUGUGAAGUUUGAGGAUUCUCUGUUUGAAAACUGCUACUUUGAGGAUGUCAGGUCAACCAACACCUUCUUUGAGAAUUGCACCAUCAAAAACACUGUCUUCUAUAACACAGACCUCUGGCAGGAAAAGUUCAAAGACUGUCGAAUGGAGAACACCACCUUCCUCCACCCAAAGAAAGGCUGCCAUCUGAACUUCCAGGAGGAGAACGACAUCGUCAUCUACAUGGUCAGCUUCCUGGGCAGCUUGGCUGUGUUGCCUGGCAACAUCAUCUCCGCAUUGUUCAUGGACAAGAUAGGAAGAAUCAGAAUAAUAGGUGGCUCUAUGUUGGUGUCGUCUGCCUGUACUUUCCUGUUACUGCUAAGUUUCAGUCAAGGAGCUGUCAUAUGUUGGCAGUGCCUCUUCUAUGGCGCCAGCGUGGCGGCCUGGAACGGAGUAGAAGUCAUUUCUGUGGAACUCUACCCCUCCUCUAAAAGAGGGACAGCGUUCGGUAUCCUGAAUGGGAUCUGUAAGUUUGCAGCCAUCAUUGCCAGCUUCAUAUUUGCAGCCUUCAUCGGCAUCACUAAGAUCAUCCCCAUCUUCCUGGCCUUCUCCGCCCUCGUCUGCGGAGGUCUGGUAGCUCUAAAGCUGCCUGAAACCCGGGAGAAAAUCCUCUCUUGAGAAGCCAAACUCCUGCAGCCCCCAGACCCAGCCACAGUGUAGCUACGGGGAAAGCUUUUUGGGAAAGUGUCAGCUUAAACUGAAAUGGAAAGACAAGGAAGAAAUGCCAUGCUGUGCUAGCUGUGUUUAUAUGAUUAAAAAUGUUGAAAACCUGUCUGGUUGCCUAUGUGAACCUGUGGUUGCUUUCUAUUCCCUCUGUAAGCUCCUCAGGCUGCCCAGCAUUUCUGUCACAUCGUAUAAAGCUAGUGUUUGUCAUUUCCUUUUAAUCACUUACUGUCCAUCUUCCAUUUACACACACACACACACACACACACACACACACACACACACACACAGUGUAGCAGCAUUUGUUUUGUUUGAGGUUUGUGUAAAAGAAAGAUUAACGUGAGAUGAAAAUGUGUCCGUACUUGAAAGGUGAUGUAGUUCAUGUUACCAUGUUGUGCUUUGAGUUCAUUCCCUGUUGGAAAAAAAGGAAAGAGAGAGGACUUAUAGUCAUAACUUUGAGGAUUUGAAUCCGGUUGUAUUCACUGCCAAGGCUCAGCAGCAAUAUUACUGCUGGUGUUGUUAUUCAGAGAAAACACCUCUUUUGUUCACCCAGUCUUUAUUUAUUCUGCACUGUCCUGUGGUGUAUAUAGUGUUCUUUAGUUCACAUGUCUUGAUUUGUUCUGUCUAGACCCAAACCUGGAUUGCCCAUUUUAUUAAAUGUAGGAGUUUUUUUUUUUUAUUGAAUCCAUUACAGUUUAUUUCUCCCAGCUGAUCCAAAUCCAACCUGAACAGCCGACUGGAUUUUCCUCCUGUUUGUCGUCUUGUCCUCGACUGACACGUCAUGUCUGUUCUUAACUGUAGAGCUGUGUUCUGUAGGUGGUGUUAAUGUAGAGUCUUACCUGUCACAUCUUGCCAUGACAAAGUGUAAGGAAUCGUUUAUUCAUUUAUUUUUUCGUCUUUUUUUCUAAAAAAGAGUGAUACAAAACUGUGAGACUAGAUGUUUUGAUAUGAUGCUCUCAUUUUAACGUUCUGAUGAAGAACAGUUUUACAGAACCUGCUGCAUUUCUGACAACAUGUGUCAAGAUUUCUAAGGAGCAUGUUACUUUUUUGGCAUGACUGAGCUGUGUGUGUGUGUAUGUGUGAGUGUGCGUGGUUGUUCGCCACAUGUCUGUGAAUUUACUGAAACACAAUAGUCUGACUACCAAUGCUAUAUUUGUUGUUGUACAUACUGUAGACCUGUGUAUAUUAGUUGUAAAAUAGUAGCUCCAUCAUGACUUGAAUAAAGCUGAGGGCUUAUGA